GCUGUCUAACGCGGCAUACUGCCGCCCCUGAACAAUAAAACGAAUAAAUUAGCUAUUAUCUGGACUAUGAGUGCAGAUGCUGCAUCGUUGCCCUGUCCGAUAUGUUUGCAAAGUGGUGUUUUCGAGUCUGUGCAAUUACUUAGGGACCGGUUAAUACACGUGUCCACUAACAAAAUUGUAUGUCCCGUUUGUCAAGAAGAGGUAUGUGGACUGGACAAGUUGACUAUCCAUUUAUUCACUCAUGUAAAGUUAAUUAAUACAAGAGAUAUUAGCGAGAAAAAUAAUGAAUUUACGGAAACCUGUAAAUCAAAAGCAAACAUUCCAGUCACCUCUACUAAUCAGAAGAAAUCCAGAACGUCAACGGCUAAAAAUAAACCAACAACAUCUACGGCAAAUGCACCCGUGAAAUUCGUCAAGAUAUAUCCAAAGUUGCCAGUAAUGCCAGCAAAUACGGCACCAGUAUUAUUAGACCCAUCACGCGAACCGGCUGAAGGUGGAGUUCAAGCGGCUGCUCUAAAGGUUUCAUCUAUUAAGAAGGAAAAGUCGCAGUUGCAAGUCAAUACAACCUGUGAUAUUUGCGGUAUCCAAUUCGUGGACGAAAUAAUUCUGAGAAUGCAUCGAUGCCUUAUACACAAUAUAGACGAUAAUUCUAAUCACAGCAUUUCAAGAUACCAAUGUCAUUUAUGUCCAAAAAACUUUAAGAUGAGGGGAUCCCUCAUGGUUCACUUGCGAGUAGCACAUUACGGAUUUCAAUCCGAUACUAGCAACGCGCAAACCGACUCGGCAAAUGAAAUUGGCUCCGGCAAUCAACAUUUUCCUGCCAAUGAUAAACCCAGCAAUUACGAGAGGAAUGACAAUAAACAAUGGCAGUGUGAUGUUUGUCGAAAAUGUUUUACUACAAAAUAUUUCCUGAAGAAGCAUAAGCGUCUUCACACAGGUGAAACGCCAUACGCCUGCUCGCAGUGCAACAAGACGUUCACGUUCCAACAAUCUUACCAUAAACACUUGCUGUACCACAACGACGAGAAGCCGCAUACGUGCGGUUACUGUGGUCGCGCUUUCAAGGAGCUCUCCACUCUGCACAACCAUCAGCGGAUCCACACCGGCGAGAAGCCUUUCUCUUGCGAGACAUGUGGUAAAUGUUUUCGGCAACGAGUGUCCUACCUCGUCCAUCGACGCAUUCACACUGGUGUUAUGCCAUACAAAUGCACAGCCUGUGACAAAAGUUUUCGCUAUAAAGUAUCCCAGAGAACUCAUAAGUGCCAAGCUCAGCCACCGGGCACGGUAGUACGACAGACUGGUGACCUAGUAGAAAAAUUGAAAAGAAAACAUCCUGAGCCAUCCUCAUCCCCUUCAGGCUCUCCAGAAGAAAGUUGUGAAAAUAUGAAAUACCACCAAGUUUCGGAAGCAAACGCAGAAUUAGUACGGACGGGGGCGAAGCUUUCGUUAGAAGAUACAGAAACUGAUAAUUUUACUCUAAUUGCCGAAGCAUUCAAUGAUAAUAUUAAAAAUUCUACGAAACAGGUAACUGAUGAGGACAAUAUAGUGUUACCUGAAUCCAAUAGUCCUGUAUUAGACAAGAAUAUUCCUUCACCAUCAGAAACUUUCAAAAACUUAUGUUUGUCUAAAGAAGACGAUUAUAAUGGAGUUCAGCAAGAGAAAUAUGAAGUAGGAGAGUUUUCUAUGUAUAAAGAAUUUAACUUAUUCUUGUAAUGUGUUUAAUAUAAUGCAUUU